AAGUGAUGAACACCGUACACCACUCCCACAAAGAAACCCUUUGGUAAUAAAUACACACACAGGGCCGUUAUAUAUUCAUCUCCCUCGCAUUUCUCCUCUCUGCAGCGAGACCAAAUAAAACCUCUCUUACGUACAAAUUUCGUAUCUACAUUCCAUACACAUUUACCACAAUGGAAGUUCUCCGUUUUGCCCCUGCGCAAUCGAUCCUCCUCCGUACCAAUUUCACCGGCAAUGACGCCGCCGCCGUCAACACUUCCUCCGCCGCCAUCCGGAGCUCCCGCAGGAAGCCGUCGAUUUACGCCGCGGCGAAGUCGGCGGUGGAGAUUUCGCCGCCGAUCGAGAAGCUUACCACGGCUGCGCCGCCGUUGAAUCCACCUGCUAAUCCGGCGGCGGACAGGCCUCUGUUGAGAGUUUCGCCGAGCUCUCUGCAGUGCGAGAGCGGGUACUUGAUACCCAACGAUUAUAUGGAUAAUGGCGGUGUGAGGAAGGGGAGUCCGAAUGCGAUGGAGUACCUGACCAAUAUUCUCUCGUCGAAGGUGUAUGACGUGGCGUAUGAGUCGCCAUUGCAGCUGGCAACCAAGCUAUCGGAGAGGUGGGGGGUCAAUGUCUGGCUUAAGAGAGAGGAUCUUCAGCCUGUUUUCUCGUUUAAACUUCGGGGUGCUUACAAUAUGAUGGCGAAGCUUCCGAAGGAACAGCUUCAAAGAGGAGUAAUAUGUUCGUCGGCUGGAAACCACGCGCAAGGUGUCGCGUUAUCUGCCCAGAGAUUGGGGUGUAAUGCCAUCAUUGCUAUGCCGGUUACCACACCAGAAAUAAAGUGGAAAUCGGUGGAAAGACUUGGGGCAACCGUUGUACUUGUGGGGGCCGCAUACGACGAAACCCAAUCUUAUGCCAAAAAACGGGCCGAAGAGGAGGGUCGAACGUUUAUCCCUCCUUUCGACCAUCCAGAUGUAAUCACGGGGCAAGGAACAGUUGGGAUGGAGAUUGUGAGACAAAUGAAAGGCCCUGUGGAAGCUAUAUUUGUGCCCAUCGGUGGCGGUGGGCUUAUAGCUGGUAUCGCUGCCUACGUGAAAAGGGUCUCUCCGCAAAUAAAAAUAAUUGGAGUUGAACCGUUCGAUGCCAAUGCGAUGGCCUUGUCGUUGCACCACGGUCAGCGAGUAAUGUUGGAUCAAGUAGGAGGUUUUGCUGAUGGCGUGGCUGUCAAAGUUGUCGGUGAAGAGACUUUCCGUAUUUGCAGGGAGCUAAUAGAUGGGGUGGUUCUCGUUAGCCGUGAUGCCAUUUGUGCAUCGAUUAAGGACAUGUUUGAGGAGAAGAGGAGCAUAUUAGAACCCGCGGGUGCUCUUUCCUUAGCUGGAGCUGAAGCUUAUUGCAAGUACUACGGGCUCAAAGGUGCAAAUGUAGUAGCUGUGACGAGUGGAGCUAACAUGAAUUUUGACAGACUCAGAUUAGUAACUGAACUUGCUAAUGUCGGUAGACGACGCGAAGCUGUGCUGGCAACUUACAUGCCGGAGGCACCUGGCAGCUUUAAGCUUUUCUGUGAGCUUGUGGGACCUAUGAAUAUUACUGAAUUCAAAUACAGAUACAGUUCGGAUCAAGAAAAAUCUCUAGUCCUAUACAGUGUUGGUCUUCACACAGAAGCAGAACUUGAUGAAAUGGUGGAAAAACUAGAGUCAUCACAACUGCAUACGAUUAAUCUUACAAAGAACGAUUUGGUGAAAGAUCAUUUGCGACAUCUGAUGGGCGGCCGAUCAAAUGUGAAAUACGAGCUCUUUUGCCGUUUUAUUUUCCCCGAGAGACCAGGCGCUUUGAUGAAGUUUUUGGAUGCUUUGAGCCCUCGUUGGAAUAUCACCUUGUUCCAUUACCGUGGACAGGGAGAAACAGGAGCGAAUGUGUUGGUCGGAAUACAGGUGUCAGACUCUGAGAUGGAUGAAUUUCGCGAUCGUGCAGACAGCCUUGGUUACGAGUAUGAAGUGGAAACCGGAAAUGAAGCCUUCCAGCUUUUAAUGAGAUGAGACAAUGGGGGCGACUUCUUUAUAUAAAGCUGCGGCGAGACUUAAUAAUCUAUUCGGGCUUAUAAAAAUAUUCAAUAAGGCACUCUAUGAGUUUAAUUUACCUUUGGCAUCAAGAUGGAAUCAUUCUUUUCGGGUAGCAUAGCUAUAUAUUUGAGUUGCGAUGCCCCCAAAUACUUGAACCGUACCAGUUAGCAUGAAAUACGCUAUACGAUGUCCGAUAUUGGCUUAUUUGGCUGCAUGUUGUGUACAACAAAUGCCCUGUAAUGUUUUUUAAGAAUAAAUUUUGUAUGUAUUUCCUUACAUGCAAAUUUUUUUUUUCUAAUCUUAUUUUUGGUGAA